AGAGCUGAAAAAACAGAAGUAUUAAGCGAAGACCUGCUACAGGUAAGAGUCAAAAGGAAGUUUUGUUAGUGUGUCUUUGUGUUUGUGUGUGUGUGUGUGUGUGUGUGUGUGUGUGUGUGUGUGCAUGCAUGUGUGUGUGCUUAUAAAGUAUAUAUACAGUGCAUUCGGAAAGUAUUCAGACCCCUUGACUUUUUCCUACAUUUUGUUACGUUACAGCCUUAUUCUAAAAUUGAUUAAAUAGAUUUUUUCCUCAUCAAUUUACACACACAAUACCACAUAAUGACAAAACAAAAACAGGUUUUUAGAAAGUUUUGCAAGUGUAUUAAAAGUAAAAAACGGAAAAAGUACAUUUACAUAAGUAUUCAUACCCUUAACUCAGUACUUUGUUGAAGCACCUUUGGCAGCGAUUAUAGCCUAGAGUCUUCUUGGGUAUGACGCUACAAGCUUGGCACACCUGUAUUUGGGGAGUUUCUCCCAUUCUUCUCUGCAGAUCCUCUCAAGCUCUGUCAGGUUGGAUGGGGAGCGUCACUGCACAGAUAUUUUCAGGUCUCUCCAGAUAUGUUUGAUCGGGUUCAAGUCCGGGCUCUGGCUGGGCCACUCAAGGACAUUCAGAGACUUAAUAAUAAUAUAAUAUAGAGACUUGACCCUAAGCCACUCCUGCGUUGUCUUGGCUGUGUGCUUAGGGUCGUUGUCCUGUUGGAAGGUAAACCUUCGCCCCAGGCUGAGAUCCUGAGCUCUCUGGAGCAGGUUUUCAUCAAGGAUCUCUCUGUACUUUACUCCCUUCAUCUUUCCCUCAAUCCUGACUAGUCUCCCAGUUCCUGCCGCUGAAAAACAUCCCCACAGCAUGAUGCUGCCACCACCAUGCUUCACCGUAGGGAUGGUGCCAGGUUUCUUCCAGACGUGACGCUUGGCAUUCAGGCCAAUGAGUUCAAUCUUGGUUUCAUCAGACCAGAGAAUCUUGUUUCUCAUGGUCUGAAAGUCCUUUAGGUGCCUUUUGGCAAACCAAGCGAGCUGUCAUGUGCCUUUUACUGAGGAGUGGCUUCUGUCUGGCCACUCUACCAUAAAUGCCUGAUUGGUGGAGUGCUGCAGAGAUGGUUGUCCUUUCUCAAAGGUUCUCCCAUCUCCACAGAGGAACACUGGAGCUCUGUCAGAGUGACCAUCGGGUUCUUGGUCACCUCCGUGACCAAAGCCCUUCUCCCCCGAUUGCUCAGUUUGGCCAGGCGGCCAGCUCUAGGAAGAGUCUUGGUGGUUCCAAACUUCUUCCAUUUAAGAAUGAUGGAGGCCACUGUGUUCUUGGGGACCUUCAAUGCUGCAGACAUUUUUUGGUACCCUUCCCCAGAUCUGUGCCUCAACACAAUCCUGUCUCGGAGCUCUAGGACAAUUCCUUUGACUUCAUGACUUGGUUUUUGCUCUGACAUGCGCUCUCAACUGUGGGACCUUACAUAGAUAGCUGUGUGCCUUUCCAAAUUAUGUCCAAUCAAUUGAAUUUACCACAGGUGGACCCCAAUCAAGUUGUAGAACCAUCUCAAGGAUGAUCAAUGGAAACAGGAUGCACCUGAGCUCAAUUUCGAGUCUCAUAGCAAAGGGUCUGAAUACUUAUGUAAAUAAGGUAUUUCAUUUCAUUGUGGGGGGUUUUUCCCUACAAAAAUUUAUAAAAUCCUGUUUUCACUUCUUCAUUAUGGGGUAUUGUGUGUAGAUUGAUGAGGUAACAAAUUAAUUUAAUCCAUUUUAGAGUAAGACUUUAACGUAACAAAAUGUGGAAAAGGGGAAGGGGUCUGAAUACUUUCCGAAUACACUGUACAUACCUCUUUUCUGAAUGUGAAACUCUAACCCUAAAACAGAGUAUGUUUUGUGUGAAAUGGGUUUAGAAUUACCAAAGGCAAAGUUAAUCAGCUCCAAAAUGGAACCUCUUUAAUUAGAGACAAAGGCUGAACCUCCCCUCUGAUUUACUGAGGGAGCCAGACUACAGGCUACAGAUGUAGGAUCUUAAUUUGAUCACCCUGUUGCAGGAUUUACCAUUUUAAACGUGUAGUGUAUUUGAGGUUUAAAAAGUUUGUUAUUUCCACUUGUGUCAGACUUGAUGUUCCCUUAUGAAAAAUAUAUAAACUCCUACAAAAAUGUAGAUUAAUUAUCAUCCACAUUAUUAUUCACAUAUUCUCUUGCUGUAGCAAACUGUCUCAAAUUAAGAUCCUACAUCUGUAUAAUACCUUCAGAUUAAUGAAAUCGUCAAUGGAAGCGACAUCGGUUCCACUGGAUUGGUUUCUGAUGAGUGUAGGGAACACUUAAAGAGAUUCAGAUUACUUGUGUGUGUGUGUGUGUGUGUGUGUUUGGUUUCCGUGUGUAUGAAGAGAGAUACCAAAAUCAGUGAGCCCUGUCCUUCUUUCCAUCCAUCAGGUGGAGAAGCGUCUGGAGCUGGUCAAACAGGUGUCCCACAGCACCCACAAGAAGCUGACCGCCUGUCUGCAGGGCCAACAGGGGGUGGAUGUGGAGAAAAGGUCUGUCAGAUCGCCCUCGGUGAGUCUGCCUGUCUGCUUCUUCUAAUGCUGACAUUAAGAUUAUACAUUUCCAGGGGAGUGUUACAUGUUCUCCUGUUCUGUUUCCUGUGUAGAAAAAGCUGCCCCUUACAACACUAGCACAAUGUCUGGUGGAGGGAGCUGCAGUGUUGGGUGACGACUCACUAUUGGGGUGAGUAUGCACACACACAGUAAUUUACAUUUUAGUCAUUUAGCAGACGCUCUUAUCCAGAGCGACUUACAGUUAGUGAGUGCAUACAUUUUCAUACUGGUCCCCCGUGGGAAUCGAACCCACAACCCUGGCGUUGCAAGUGCCAUGCUCUACCAACUGAGCUACACGGGACUACUCCUUAAUUACCGAUUGAUCAUCUGCCACAUCUGUCACAGGAUGUUUUAAAGAGCGAUGAUCCAUGAUCAACAGCAGAGUAAACUAUCAACGAUCAGCUCAUUUCAAUAGCAUAUUACACUUUUUAUCCAUUAUUGUGAUAGCACAUACAGUAAUAGCACAUGCUUUGUAGUGACACAAGGUAUUGUUCUGGUUUGAGUUCUGAUUGGCUAUGCUUUCUCUGACCUCUUAUUGGCCGGUUGCAGGAAGAUGCUGAAACUGUGUGGCGAGACACAGGAGAAGAUGGCUCAGGAGCUCAUCCUGUUUGAGUUCACCAUUGAGAGAGACGUGGUGGAACCCCUGUACGAACUAGCAGAGGUACGGUAGACCAUAGCAACCAUGAUAUUUACCACGGUCAUCGAGAUUAUCACUUCAAAUUUACCACACCUGCAAAGCUUUUGCACAAGCUGGAGAACAGAAUUAUUGUAAUUGAUAAAAUGAUGAUCAGUUUAACAGGCAGGUAAAGCGCCUCUGACAUUGCCAUGUCUGUCUCCAUCCAAUCUCUCACACUACAGAACAAACCAGAGUAAAGAGUAUUUUGUUUUAUUGUGAUGUGAUUUCACUCAGGUGGAAAUCCCCAACAUCCAGAAACAAAGGAAACAUUUAGCAAAAUUGGUUCUGGACAUGGAUUCGGCACGCACAAGGUAAGAGCUGCUCACUGGCACUGCAUGAGUCUGUGUGUGUGUGAGUGUUUCAAGGUGUCUCUGUGUGUGUGAAAAUGGUGUGUGAUUUCGCUGUAUGUUCAGACAGGAAGAAACUAAAUCCCCUGUGAACGGAUCUCGUUACAGCGUUUCACGUGAAUGUCAUUGUUUGAUUGCCCAUACUGUACAGUGAGGAUCUAGACAUGGUCAUAUUCUCCACCCCUACUAUGGACAGGUGGGGAGGAUAGAGAGUGAGAGAGAGGAAGGCAGACAGACAGACAGGCGGAUGAAUGGACAGACACAGACAGACUGGGAAAUCAACAAGUGCACACUUAGGACAUAAGGAUAGAUAAUUUGGACGCAGCGGAUGUCAAUAUGUUUGCGUAGGAUGUGUAACCCCCCUCUUUUCUCCCUCUAUCCAUCAGGUUCCACCAGUCCACCAAAUCGGGUAUGUCCAGCAACGUGCAGCCAGGGGCCAAGGGCGAGCACCUCAGGGAAGAGAUGGAAGAGGCAGCCAAUCGAAUGGAGAUCUGUCGAGUCAGUCUACAUCCCCUUUUCCUCGCUCACGUUCUCUUUCUCACGCGCCUCAAGAUGUUUUCUCUGAAAUCGCUGUUUGUUUUCUGAAGUUAUGCUUUUGUAUUUUUCCAGGAUCAAUUAUCAGCGGACAUGUACAAUUUUGUGGCCAAAGAAAUUGACUAUGCAAGCUACUUUCAGGCAGUAAGUACUCUAAUAUCUAAACCCACUCACUAUGUCUUCAUUGAGGUACAGCAUGGACAUACACUAAUCUCUCUCCCUCUCUCUCUUUUGUCCUAUUUCCCUGUCUCUCUUGUUCAUUUGUCUCUUUCUCCUCCCUCCUCUCCUCUCUCUUUUCUCUCACUGUCUCUCUGUACUGUCUCUCUCUCUCUCUCCUCUCUCUCAAUUCUUUCUCUCUCUCUCUCUGUGUGUAUCUGUUUCUCUUCUUUCCUCUCUCUUUCUCCCCUCUUUCUCGUCUCUGUUCUUCUCUCUCCAUCCUCCUCUCUCUCUCUCUCUCUCUCUCUCUCUCUCUCCUCUCUCUCGCUCUCUCUCUCUCCUCUCUCUCUCUCUCCUCCCUCCCUCUCAUAUCCUCUCUCUCUUCUUCUCUCUCUCUCUCUCUCUCUCCUCUUCGUCUCUCUAUCUGUUUCUGUCAUAGCGGUCGAGCCUGCCUCUUUCUCCUCCUCUCAGUAACCACAGUCGAAGUCGCUUUUCUUUCUUCUCUCAGAGCUCUCUCCACGAAUAUCUCUCCUCAGCCUCCUAUUAAAAUCAUCUCUGCUCCAUCACUCCUCAGUCUGUACUGCCCAGUCUCUCUCUCUUCUCCUCUCUCUCUGUUUUCUAGUUGAUAGAGGUGCAGGCACAGUACCACAGGAAGUCGUUAGAGCUUCUCCAGAAUAUUCUGCCUCAGAUUAAAGCCCACCAGGGUGAGUCUGUCUGCCCAGUGCCCACCCAGCCCUCACUCAUUAUUACACACAUACAGUAUGCCAUCUCUUUCCACCGUCAACCCAGCAGUAGGAGCACUGGUGCACAUCUUUUCUAUAUUCAUCAGGGUUGGGGUCAAUUCCAUUUCAAUUCAGUCAGUUCUGAAGAUGAAUAGAAAUUCCUUCCUUUUUUUUAUGAAGUGAAGACAUUUCAAUUCAUGAAUGGAAUUUCUAUUAACUCCCUGAAUUGCUGUGGUUUAAAUGGAACUGAACCCAACCUUGAUAUUCAUAGCUACUGUAUGCUAUUAGUUUCCUUUUUACACACCCAUCAUUAUAGGAACCAAGGGCGUAUAUCAAGUAAGUUAAAGCCAACAGGGGCUGCACAGAGGCUAUAGUGUAUGUGAGGUAAUGUCAUGCCUUAGUAAUAACCUGAUUAACCUGCUGACUGUGUAACCUUGGUGCUGUGUGUGUGUGUGUGUGUGUGUGUGUUGUGGUUGACAGAGACCUGGGUGGAGAAGCCAUGCUAUGGGAAACCCUUAGAGGAGCACCUAGCCCUCAGCGGGCGGGACAUUGCCUUUCCUAUCGAAGCCUGUGUCACCAUGCUGCUGGAGUGUGGCAUGCAGGAAGAGGUCGGUGUGUAUUCCACCCUAUCACUAUGUUUACCCAUUACCAAGUGACAACAUAAUGAUUAGCCUAACCUCCUGUGUUCCUGUCCCAUUCCAGGGCCUGUUCAGAGUAGCGCCCUCUGCGUCCAAACUGAAGAAGCUCAAGGCGUCUCUAGACUGUGGGGUGAUGGACGUACAGGAGUACUCUGUAGACCCUCACGCCAUCGCAGGUGAAUUGGCAACCCAACCCCCCCAAAUACCCCUCUCCCUGUCAAUCUGCAUCUGUUACCAUGCCAACUGAUAUUGUCACGGAGAUCGUCCGGAAACCUUCCCCUAGUCUGUUUGGGUUAUCAAGGGCUCCCUGUCAACCUAAGAACAACGUAGAUCUUAUACAUAGCCUUGUUAUGAUCCUGGCUGUGUGCGAAUCUGAAUAUAGGAACAUGUAAAUAGGAACCUGAGUGAGCCUUGGAAAAUAAUGAUCUCUGAAUCCUCUUCCAUGUUUAUUUCUAAUGAUUCCAUGUUAAACAGGCUGAUAGGCAGAGCCAGCACCAAAAGGAAAGCUAAUUUGCAACUCUCUCCUGAGGGUAGAGUAGUGUCAAGGUGGAUUCACGUCACCCAGCCAAGCACAUUAGAAUCAAGUCAACAGCAGAGGGCUCUCUAACACAGCUAAUUAAAGAUGCUCCCUGGAGUGAUUGAAUGUGAUUGAAUGUGAAUAUCUAGUAGUGCAAAUAGAUACACACAAAGGCAUGCCUACACACAUAUACACACAGAAUAGUGGCACAGCUGUUGUGGUUUGCUCUGCACCGUCAGAAUGCGAGGGAUACCAUGACGUCCUGCUUCAUCUUUCCCAUACAGUACAGGAUAUAUAGUUACAGUAGAGACAUACACACUCUCUCCUUCCCCCUCUUUCUCCUUCUGUCUGUGUCUGGCAGUGUUUUAUGAUGCGCUUCAUCUUUUGGCACUGCUGUCUUUAGGCCUUAACAGUAGUAGUAUACCCCUUCUUACUUUCUUAUUUUAUCUCUCCCACUUACCCUCCCAGUCCUCUCGCUUGAUCCUUCUUUCUCUCACUCACCCUCCUCUUGUCUCGUCCCGACAGGUGCUUUGAAAUCCUACCUUCGGGAACUCCCUGAGCCACUGAUGACCUUUGAACUUUACGACGAAUGGAUUCAAGCUUCCAAGUCAGUAUCUGCUUAUAAUGAUGCUGCCAUUAGCUGAUGUUUAUUCAUUGUGUUUGAUUCAUACCCCACGCUGGUGAUUUUUUUUAUUCACUUGAAAAGGAUGAGAUCAUUGGAUAUGGGGUUUCUCUUUUACACUGAGCUGUUCUUUUGUGGUUCGUCUGGCAGCAUUCAAGACCAAGACAAGAGACUCCAAGCCCUCCUCACAGCCUGCGAGAAACUACCCUUGGCCAACGGCAACAACUUCAAGUGAGUCGCCAUCUCUGUUUCGCUCUUUCUCUCUCCCCUGUCCCACACCCACUUCGCUCUGGUCUUUCCUGGACUUGCCUGACCAUUCAAUUAUUUCAGUUUCCAUCACCUUUCACCAUUUCUAUCCCUCACUGCUCUUUUCACAUCAGGCAUUUAACCGAGGAAUCAUAGCUUUCAAGCAGCCAGAACUGGAUUUUUCUUUAUCACAAAGAGAAGUGAGAGUGGGGGGUGUAAGAAAGAUGAAAUAGAAAUCAAAAGGCUGACAGACUGCAGUGCAUGUCAGUGUCAUCUUUGAAUCUCACAAAUAGGCUUAUCUUUAGGUUGUCUUCUUUUGCGAAACACCUGUCAAAGCUGUCCUUAUCAUAGCCCAAUUGAAAAGAGCUGCCUGGGGUUAUGUCUGAGCAAUUGGUUAAUUUUAGGAUGAGCCCGAAAACUAGGAUUCAGAGAUUUAUCAGCCAAUGCAGUAUACAGUACAUGAAUGAUUAUGUAUAGUUAGUUCAAAAUAUAAAUGUAUAGUUAGUUAAUUUUUUAUUUGUUUUCUUUCAGGUAUUUAAUAAAAUUCCUCGCCAAGUUGGACGACUACCAGGACGAAAAUAAAAUGACCCCUGGGAAUAUAGCAAUAGUCUUGGGCCCCAACCUGCUGUGGACAACGCAGGAAGGGUAGGACUUAAUCUCUCUCUACCACAUAAUUUAGUCACACCAUACCUUUUUAAAAGCAAUGCCUGGUCACUGGUUGCAACUUAAAGAGAAAAAGACUCCUUAAUCAUUUCCAUUUAUCUUUAACCUUUAUAUCUCUUCACUUUUAUCAGCAUUUUAAUGAUGGUCAGUUCUCUAAUAUCAUGAAAAUGCAUAAAACUGUCCAAAUUACAUAAUACUCAUAUCUCAAGGUUCAAGUUAAUCAUUUCCAGUACAGAGUGUUCUCUCUCCAUCAAAUUAAACUAACUCCUUCAUAUCUCUUCCUCUCUCUCCCUUCAGAAACAUUACAGAGAUGAUGACCACUGUGUCCCUGCAGAUCGUAGGCAUCAUUGAGCCCAUCAUCCAGCACGCUGACUGGUUCUUCCCUGGAGGUGAGGAAGACACAGUGUCUGUUCAGCCUCUGUCAGGCACAACCGCCUCGCUCAUCCAUUAGGGCUUAAUACUGUUGCUUUAAUAUCCUUGUAUCACCGUCUGUAACGGAGCAAGUGGAGAUGAGCCUCAGCCGUCACAUACACAGUAUGACAGUCAGUCACCGACCUUAGGAGACAUUAUUCACAAUUUUAAGAGUCAGUUCAUAAAACAGGAUACAUGUGAAUUGUCACAAAAGUAACCGCCUCAUCUAUCUCUUUCCCCUCUCUCAGAGAUUGAGUUUAAUGUCACAGGAAACUACGGCAGCCCAGUCCACACCAACCACAAUGCCAACUACAGCUCCAUGCCCUCUCCGGAUAUGGACCAUUCAGAUCGCAAGCACAGUGAUCAGAGCCGACGUCCACUCAGUGUGGCCACCGAUAAUAUGAUGCUGGAGUUCUAUAAGAAGGAUGGGUAAGAAGAUCCAACUCUUGUUGCCCCUAUCUUACCCUCCACAUCUCUCUAAAAUCCUCUCUGUCUCUGAAGUCAAUUACCUAACUGCUUGUCUUCCCUCCCUGUCCUCGCUGAAAACUAUUUUCUGGAACAUGAACCAUCCCACUGGGCACACACUGGUGGAAUCAACAUUGUUUCCACUUAAUUUCAAUGACAUUACGUUGAACCAACGUGGAAUAGACGUUGAAUUGACGUCUGUGCCCAGUGGGAUUGGACAUAAAAUAUUAUUAUCGAUAUUAUUGGUUAUUACAGUAUAGUUCAGAAUAAAGGAUAUGCAUGAGCGAAGGGUAAUGGCUUGAUUGACUAGCAACAUAUCUUUUGUGUUUUGUGAAGCUGUAUGCCAUAGCAGACCUGGGUUCAAAUACUAUUUAAGGUAUUUAAGGUAUUUCAAUAAUUUUCACAGACAUUUAUAUGUAUGAAAAGUAAAGAACGUAUGCACUCACUAACUGUAAGUCGCUCUGGAUAAGAGUGUCUGCUAAAUGACUAAAAUGUAAAUUUCAAAGUAAGUAUUUUGAUAAUUUUUCUUUGAAAAUAUAAAUUGAAUAUUUGGAACUGGAAAUUCACGUAGAAAUUAUUGCCAUGUAUUUGAAAAUACUCAAAUACACAGAAAAUGUUUUUUUCAAAUACAAAUAUUUAAAUACUCCCUUGCAAUUGAACCCAGGUCUGUUUGGUCCUAGGGAUAUUUGAAAUGUAUUUGGAAGCAAGUAUUUGAAAAUAGUUUCAAAUAGUAUUUAUAGGAUAUUGUUUAGAAAAUACUCUCAAAUACUUCAAAUAGAAGUAGUUGAUUCUGCCAAAUUAUUUGAAAAUACUCAAAUACACAGAAAAUAAGUAUUUCAAAUACAUAUACUUAAAUAAGCAUGUAUUUUAACCCAGAUCUGUGCCAUAGAAAUAGCAUAAUGUCAUCUUUCUAUGUGAAUAGUUUUUCUUCAUAAGAUCAUACAAGGCUGUAAAGUCUGUAUAAGUGAGCUAAGUAAAAGGUUUUGUCUGGGUAUGAGAAUGGCGGAGAGAAUAUCACGGAAUUCUUCUUCAUCUCAGGUGAGAGAGAUAACUAGUGAGAUGGAGAGAGAGACAUGCACUGUGGGAGAUAGACAGGCAGACAGCAGGGAGCUCAGAGAAAGAGGUUGGUCCGUGGUGGUGAGUGGUGCUGUAAGCAGUUAUUGUGCUGUGCAGAGGAUUAGUUUAAAGUCAAUCAUGUUCUCACUCUCUCUUUUCAAAUGACCUCUCUGUCUUAUCGGUCCCUGUUCAGCAGAGCAGACCGUCUGAGCCCCUCAGCCCUGGGACCACAUAAUAAACCAAGCUAAUUAAACCUGGCCAGGACUGUAUAGGGACCAAUCAAUAGAGCUCUGCUCUCAUUAGAAACACACACCCCUCCAGAUAGAGCAGGAUCAGGUCAAGGAGCAUCCUGCUCCUUAGUACAAGCUAAGGCCAAUGAGGAAGUAGCAUUCCCAGCUUUGAUUCCUUUUCUUUUGUGUCCAAAUUCAAGUCCAUGAAGGCAGGUUGAUACCUCUGUUAUGGUCUUCAUUCAUUCGGGGCCUUUCUCCAAACACUAUGGGUGAUGUGUCAUGCCAUGUCCUUGACCGUGUCUUUGUUUGGUGUGUGAGAUUGUCAUCGGUUGAUAAAAUAUCUGAAUACUAUGUAGCCUUUAACUAUACAUAGUUGUACAUUGCUCUUUUAAUAGUAAACGACCACAUUAACCACUGCUGCAAGUUACUUCCUCUAUUUUGGUGUUAUUUUGGGGUAUUUUUAUGUCCGUGGGGAAAUGUUGCCCUAAUUAGCUCUAAACGAAGUGAUAAUUGGCUCACCAGAAGGACAUGCUUGGAGCUCUUUUGGGAAGGACCAUCUUCACCCCUCAAAUCCCUCUGCUCAUUACUCUCAGCAUGACUUCCAUCCCCCACAACCCUCUGCAAUACAAGCCUGAAGGCUCAACCUGCUGCCUCUCCAUCUUGGAUCCAACCCCUGACCCGACUGCUCCCGCAGUUGCUUUGAUUUAGUGUUGCUGUGAAUCAGUUAAUGGAGUUUCUCAUGAUCCUUACCCUUUAUUGUGAUGUUUUUGUCCUAUCAAGCAGCGUUAGGAAAAUUCAAAGGUACUGUACUUACUCUUCGUCCUGCCUGUAUCUCCUCUCUGUUCACCCUUGUCUAAACUGCCUGUGGAGAGAAUGCCUCUCUCUGUCAUCAUUUGUCUGUCAGUAUUCCAGUCACGAUUAUUCUCUCGUCCAAAUGACACACUUGUAAUCCUAUAGUUCAAUGUUCCCUACAGAGUGCUGCUGACAGACGGAGUGCUGCCAAAUAACUGUUGUCAAGUUCCUGUGUGAACAAUGUUCUCGCACUGUGUGUGGUUUGUCCUAUAAAUGCAUUUUUUUGCGAUGUCUGGCAUCAGAUGUACUCCUCUGAUUGCUUGACAAGUACAAACGACAAUAACAGGUGCAAACAGUUGUUUGUCACACAGAGACCAACCAUACAAAUAAAAUCAAAUUGUAUUGGUCACAUACACAUAUUUAGCAUAUGUUAUUGCGGGUGUAGCGAAAUGCUUGUGUUCCUAGCUCCAACAGUGCAGUAGUAUCUAACAAUUCACAACAAAUCUAAAAGUAAAAGAAAUAUAUAAAUAUUAGAUCGAGCAAUGUCGGAGUGGCAUUGACUAAAAUACAGUAGAAUAUAAUACAGUAUAUACAUAUGAAAUGAGUAAAGUAUAUGUAUAUAGGGCAGCAGCCUCAAAGGUGCAGGGUUGCGUAACCGGGUGGAAGCCGGCUAGUGAUGGCAUACAUCCACACUGUGACAUAUUAUUACAAAGGUUUCCUUUCCCUAGUGUUUCUACUUCAUAUAGUUCAGUAAAGAGUGUGCUGACGUUUGUAAGGACUACAGGAUGAGGCUCCCUGAGCUUGGUUGACCCCGGACCCCUGACCACUGUCUUUGAUUGGCUGUGCGUCUCUGUCCCACUGCAGCAUGGGGGUCAGGGUGAUGGACACUUCUUGGGUGUCGCGCAGGGGCUCGUCGUCAGCGCGUAAAAGCUCCUCCACGCCCCUGGGUGUGCAGCCCCCCCUCCCUCCCUCAGAUGCUCUCAUACCUGAGCAGGGGGAGGUCUCUGCGUCCCCCUCCCCAACCCCUCCUCCCGCUAGCAGUGACCGUGCCAGGUAAGGCUGUCCAUUUCCCACACUCCUCGCGUCCUGAAACUGACCCCGACACGGCGUUGUUGUACUUUUUCAGUCUAUUGACGUCUUCUAAUUCUCUUUCCCACGCAUCAUCUUCAUCUUUCUGCGAACCGAAGCCCCUCACACCUGUUGCAUGUGUUCUCAAACUUGGUUUGACCUCGUGACCUCGUGUGAUGUUGUUUUGGUUGUUGUUGUUGUCCUUUAGUCUGAUCUUCAGAGUUUCUAGAACCCUUGAAGUUAUUUUUGUGCUUGGUUUUGUUUCAUAUCCAGGUUGUAUCAGAGAGUCGUUUUUUUGUAGAGGGACAUAAAAGUAUGCUUUCUAUUUGUUUUCAGAUUGCACUUUUUAUCCAUUACUGAUAACAUUUUGAAAGUGUGUACCUUAUCUCAGAAGUAGCUUGCCAAUGCAGCAUGUACAUGUUUUUCCCUUUCCAUCCAUCAGAACAGGUUUCAUUAACACUGCUCAUGUAAGAUUGCAAAUUGAUUUUUUAUUGUAUUUGUCAAACAGUUUACUAGUUUCAUAACUUGGGUGCUGGAUGAAGAUAUAGCAUGGCCUGAAAUAAUGUUUUUAAUUUGCUCUUUUCUUUUCUAUUUUCUAUUUGCGUUCUCCUUAGACCUCUCUCCUCCCCAUCUUAACGUGACUCUGUUCAACUUUGGUUGACUAAUCCCUUCCCUGAUACAAAAACACGCACUUGUUCUCCUUCACACUACAUGAACUGCAGUGAGUGCUCACAAAUGACACAAUGGCCCACUGGACUUGCUCACAUAUAUUUUUUUUAUACAACACUUUUCAUUCCACUACAAGACCGUGACAAUAUUGGCCUCUCCCUGACUUAGAACAAUUAAAUUCCCUGUGAAAUCAUUCACAUUUUUAUCAUUGCAGCUCCGAUGACGCGUCGGACUCCUGUUAUGCCUACCCCUCCCCGGAAGAGGAGAGGCCCCCUCCCCCUUACCCCUCUUCCUCCUCCUCCUCUUUCUCCUCUUGCUACCCGCCUCCUCACCAUUUCUACCCCCGAGCACCGCAGUGCGCGCGUCCUGUCGCCCCUGGUCCCGAGUCCGUGCCCCCUGGGCCAUCCCCCCCACCUCCCCCCCGCUGGUCUGGCUACAGCCCUCCCCCACUGCCCCCGUCUUCGUGCCCCUCUCCCUCUCCCUCCCCACAGCAGCUUGAUAUCAACUCUAACCCCAAACCUUGCACCCUGCACCUGCCCAAACAGAGCUCCCUGGCCGAAGCGCCGCAUGCGUCCCCACCGUCAGAAACUAACGUCUACCCUCUCUACCUCAAAACCCCCCUCGUGCUAACCCGACACGACCCGUCCCUCGGUCCCCACCCCCCUAACCUCCCCCUGUCCGCACCUCCUCCGUGGGCUGCCUGUGGCUGUAGCCGAGAGAGAGGAGCCAAGCUGACUAGGUAAAUACUACGUCACAUUGACUAGCCACUCUCAGAGAUGGACACGAACUAUGUCUCCGUAACACACACAGGCCUGAGUGGCUCAUAAUGACAUGAUGAGAGAGAGAUAUUAGAAAACAAAGGGGAGCGUGAGAGAGAGGGAGCUCCCUCCAAAGUGCCAACAUCCUGUUUUAUACAUUUUGUUAAUUUUCUUGCUUUUGUCCUCAAUUUCAUUUUUCAAAGGGAUAUUCCUCCCAUCGUGGAACUUUUCUAUUGAAGCAUUCUAGUACCAAACUCUCCUUAUUUUAUACAAUCCAUAACUUUCCAUGUUGCCAGGGAUUUCGGGAGGAUGUUACCAAGCAACAAAGAAUAUUCAAAACUCUCAGCAAUAGCAGAAUAUAGUGGGCAUUAAUGAGUAAUUUUAAAGGGGCCCAGUUGGUCUUGGAUGGUAGUUGGAUAGUUAUGUUUCUGAAUAUGAAUUGGAUUAAGAGUGACUAAGUGAAAAAUAUGGAUGGGCUGGCAUGAUUCCUCUGCAAUCAUUGGCCUUCAUCGGAAUGGGGUCUUUUGCAUCAACAGCUGUAAGGGAUGCCUCAUUUAAAAUGUGUUCCACCCUAACUCCAAAUCCCUCCAGUCCCGAUCACCCAUCCUCAUCUGCUGUCAGUGGGCAGGGGGAUUUGGAGCUGGGAGAGCUGUCACUCACAUCCUAUUAUAAACUGGUUAGGUUUUAACCUUCAAGCUCUCUACCCAUUGGCAUUCUGUCUGCAUAGCGCCAUAAAAGGCAAGAAAAAAAAUCCAUUAAGCCUACAGGCUUGGGCUUGGAUUUUUUUUUUAUUGGCUUGUGCUCCACUGCCAUAUAGCUAGUAGUGCAUAUACUUGCAGUAGUGCAUAUACUUGCAAUAGUGAAAGUUGUCAGUGGUCACUCAGAUUAUCUGACAUUGAACUACGGGGAUUUUCAUGUCUAUGGAUGUCAUGACGUGCAGAAAUAAGGUCACCUGAUUGACAAUUGUUAGCUACAUGGCGAAGAUUGAGGCCAUCUACCCUCAAACUGACAGGCAGUGAACACACACACACACACACACACAUGAACACACGACCUGAAGAAGAUGUUUUGAAGAUGACAUAUUGUUGUUCAUAUCGCUUUCUCUUCCCCAGUACUCUGAAGAACAAUGAGCUGUCUCCAGUGAUUGGACAGCAGGGCUUCCAGGGAACAGCACCCUCUGGUGGGCUGUCACAGCACUCUUCUGAACAUAGCCCUCACACCCUGAGUAGAGGUACUGAUGGAAGUAGUGUGUGUGUGUAUGUGCGAGCGUGUGAGAGAGAGACCGUGCUGUGCACAAAGCAGCCAGAUUGUUUUGUCUUGGCUUGUCACCUCUCAAUUAAAAUAUGUGUUGCUGUUCUCUCACACUUAGCAUUCUGUCUGAUCUCUCCACAGCUAAGAAGCUGGCCCCAAUCCCACCUAAACCCUACUCUCAGUCUGGGGGAAUGUCGGACCAGUCUACAGGUCAGCCAUCUCCAGUCAGUCUGUCCCCCACCCCUCCUAGUACCCCCUCCCCAUACGGCUUCAGCUACCCCCAGGGCUACGCCACCAUCGGCUCCCCGGGACAGGCCCAGGCCGCCACCCCGUCCCUCUCCUCCCCUCCCUCGCUAGCCGGCACCCUCACCAAGGCUAGGCCCACUCCCAAGCCUCCCCGGCAGAGGCCCAGCCUACCCCCGCCGCAGCCCCCCAGCACCCCUGGCUCCAGCCCCCAACCUCUGGAGCACGGUGGCGGCCUUCUGGAUGGAUUGUCUCCUGGAGAGAGCAUGUCCACAGGUAAACGCUUCAAUGGAGUUUCAACACAGUAGGAGCCCGCCCAUAUACUCUCUUCUCUGGUAAAGGUGGAAUAUCUCACUCUCCAGUGUGCCUGCCAGAGUAUUAAUAUGGUUUCUGCAAAUUUAAUUAUUUUAUGUAGUUUGUUAAACUGCUGAUACUUUUAACCCUUUCAUCUGUGUAAAACUGUGGGGAACUCACACAAAAAAAGGUAAGAAGGUAAAAAGAUUCUAAUCACUAUCUCUUAUCUUGUACUUCCAUAUUUUUCUUUUAUUUUUUGUCGACUCCUAUUAUUGUCUGCCUACAGCGGUAUGAGGCGAGUGGUUCAAUAUGGGCUAAAUGUGAGAGGGCCUUUUAGGGUAAGCAGGAGUUCCAGUACUGUACUAAAGCCUCACCCUCCCACCCCUCCAACCAACCAACCGUCCGCCAUCCUGGCUCACUGUGGAGCUGCAUGGCUCCAGCUCUCUGUAUAUCAGAGGAGGCUGAUGGGAGGAGCUAUAGGAGGAUAGGCUCAUUGUAAUGGCUGGAAUGGAAUGAAUGGAACGGAGUCAAACAUGUUGUUUCCAUGAGUUUGAUGUGUUUGAUGCCAUUCCAUUGAUUCCAUUCCAGCCAUUACAAUGUGCAUGUCAUCCUAUAGCUCCUCCCACCAGCCUCCUCUGCUGUAUAUAUACCUGUAUACAUGACUUCUCAUAUGUAUAUAGCUAUAUAUCUCUGCUGUGUUCAGUCCACCACUAACCCAUUUUGUUGGCCUUUGCAUGGUGGCUGAGACUGGCGCGAUGCAUGGCUUGUGGAUAUGUCUGAAAAACCGUCCACUGACUCCACUUCACACAGAACACAGAAGAUUGGCGUAAUUUUGCUAUCCCAAGAAGCUUUCUUUACUGUUUUCUCCCCGAAACCAUGCCGCAUACCACCUCUGUCCUGUCCGGUGCCAACUGCCCCCUUGCUUACACACUGCACAGUAACCCCCCCCCAACCUUAUGCCACGCCCACUGAUGUUCUCGAUUAUUCCACUUCCUGUUUCGAAGUCAUUGGUUGUUGUCAAUUUCAGUGUUACACAAUGGAUGUCAUCAAUCUCACAUGACUGUGAGAUCAAAGACAAAGUAAUGACAUGGAUAAAUGUUUGUGGUGACUGCACUGGACACUGUUGGGGAAUUGUUUCUUCGCAUGCAAUUUACAGUAUUACAAACCUACCCCAACCACAAUGUCUGCUAGAAAAGUUGGAGUUACAUUACAUACUGACCUACCUCUUAUCUGUCAGUAAUUCUCUAGGAACACGGAUCAUUUUUGAGGAUGUGUGUGUGUGUAAAACAAUAGCCUGGGCUUUUGCUGACCUCCCUGCUGUGUAUAACGCAUCAUUCAGCAUUGACUUAAUCAUGUCUGGAACUGCCUUUUCUAAGCAACCACUAACAGUUAUUUUCUCUGUCUCUCCCUUAUUUUCUUCUCUCUUGUCUCUUCUCAUCUCAUGUCGAUCUUUGACUGCCCAGACUCUUUCUGCAACCUGGAUAUCCCCAUCAUCAACGUAGAACUGGAUGGCAUCUUCGACGAGCCCAAAAUGGUCCCCUACAGGAACUCAGUGGCAGUAGUCCAGCCAACCCCUAAGGCCGAGUCAGAGGAAGAGUCUGAGAGCACGAUACUA